AUGGACAACAGCCAAGGUACUCAGUACUUGGAGAGGCUACUGGGACGCUCACUGCGGAUUCACACGACAGACACUCGGAUGUUUGUCGGGCUGUUCAAGUGUACCGAUGCAGACCGGAACAUCAUCCUCGCCAAUUCCUUCGAAUAUCGCAUGCCGACCACAUCCGCCGUACAAGCCGCCGUAAACGAGAAGGAACAGGCCGAAGGAUCAGAAGCAAAGAGCGCAACUGUCAGGGUGAACAUGACGAGCCGGCUCAUAGGCCUCAUUGUGAUCCCAGGGCGUCAUAUCACGAAAAUCGAGCUGGAGUAA